GUGCCCUACCUGCGAGCUUACCACUUCUUUGAGAGUAGCUAGCAGACGAUAACUUCUAUUCCGUUUUCUCUCCCGCUCUCUAACCACCAUAUUCCAAAUAUAAAACUGUCCAAGCCAAACAUGGCAAUAUUUUAGAUCGUAUCCGGUUCGCCACUUUGCUGUUCAAUCACUUUACUUAAUAUAAUGCUUCAGUACAUAGUUUUUAGUAUAGAUGUUUUCGAUUGACAGUUGGUUAAAAAAUAAAAGAAAUGUGUAGUAGUUUAUCAUCGGCUUGUUUACAAAUUUCGUAAUUACGCAUCACGGGUUUUAUAGAACGCACAGUUGAUAGCAUUACAAAUAUUUACAAAAAUUAACAAAAUUGCAACAAAAACGUAAUCCUUACAUAUUUAUAUAUUUUCAUUAGUUUUAGCUGUUAAUAAAACCUUGAACACUUUUACUAUUAAAAAUGGUUGAAGAAAUUCAAAGGAAGCUACAAAAUGAAAUUGACCAAUUCAAACAAGUUCAAAAAGAUUAUCAUAAAGCUUUAUCUAAACGACAACAGCUAGAUAGCCAAUUAAAUGAAAAUACAGUUGUCAAAGAAGAACUAGAUCUUUUAAAAGCAGGCAAUGAAGUUUAUAAACUUAUCGGACCAGUUUUAAUUAAACAGGAAUUAAUUGAAGCUAAAGAAAAUGUUAAUAAACGUAUGGCAUUUAUAUCUGCAGAAAUCAAGCACACAGAAAAUUUAAUAGUCACUUUAGAUAAAAAACAAGAAACGCAUAGAGAAAAUCUUGAUAAACUACAACAAUCUUUUCAGCAAGCUCAAAUAAGAGCUAAGAUAAAAAAUUAAUUGUAAUUUAUUUAUAAGUAAUAAUACGAUAAUAAAGAACUUGAUUUUGUCACUUUUAAAACAUUCUAAAUAAAAUGAAUACUAUUUCACCCUA